AUGGGAUAUCCAUCUCAAACACCCCCAUUUAAUGGUUAUAUGCCAAUGGUGAAUGGAAAUUUUCAGAGUGUUGGUGAAUAUCCUGAAUUCUCAUCACAAAUAAAUCGUGGUGGAAUGAUAAGAGCUAAUGAAGUCACUCCAAUUUCAAAGGAUACAACUCCUAAGAGCAAGAAAAACCAGCAACCAUUAUGGAACACUGAACAAAAUUUGGUGCUAAUUAGUGGGUGGAUAAAAUAUGGAACAUGCAGUGUUAUCAGGAGAAACCAGACAAGUGAAGCAUAUUGGGGUAAAAUUGCUGAGUAUUGUAAUGAGAAUUGCUCAUUCGAUUCUCCGCGCGAUGUAGUUGCAUGCCGCAACCGUUUUAAUUAUAUGAGCAAAUUAAUAAAUAAAUGGGUUGGUGCUUAUGAUGGCGCUAAGCAUUUUCAAGGAAGCGGUUGGUCGGAAGAUGAUGUUUUGGCAAAAGCCCAGGAAUUAUAUGCAUGUGGGAAGAAUGUUCAAUUUACUUUAAAGAAAAAAUGA